CGGCUAGGAGAGUCACGUGAGGGUGGGCGGUGGAGGUGGAGUAUUCUCUCCGCUGGUUUUUCAUCUCUAUGAUUAUCAGAGGCGGGCGGCGUUGACCCGAGAGAAUUGGCAGCUCUAGUGUGGACAGAAUGUUUCGUCUUAACUCCCUUUCUGCACUGGCAGAACUGGCUGUGGGCUCUCGAUGUUACCAUGGAGGAUCACAGCCCACCCAGAUGAGGCGACGACUAAUGAUGGUGGCUUUCCUGGGAGCAUCUGCAGUAACUGCAAGUACCGGUCUCCUGUGGAAGAGGGCCCUUGCAGAAUCUCCACCAUCUGUAAACAACCUCAAGAGUGAACUUGGUGAUAAAGGGAAGAAUAAAGAUGAAGGGGAAGUUUGUAACGAUCAAAAAAAGGCUGCAGGUGUUUGUUUUGAGCCUCACCCAGAAGAGAAAAAGAAGAAACGUUCUGGAUUCAGAGACAGAAAAGUGAUGGAAUAUGAGAAUAGGAUUCGAGCAUAUUCUACACCAGACAAAAUCUUCCGAUAUUUUGCCACCUUGAAAGUAAUCAAUGAACCUGGUGAAUCUGAAGUGUUUAUGACUCCACAAGAUUUUGUGCGAUCUAUAACACCCAAUGAAAAACAACCAGAACACUUGGGUCUAGAUCAGUAUACAAUAAAACGCUUUGAUGGAAAGGAUUUCUGGCAGACAGAGAAAAUUGCCCAGGAACGAGAAAAAUUUGCUGACGAAGGCAGUAUAUUUUACACCCUUGGAGAAUGUGGACUCAUAUCCUUUUCAGACUACAUUUUCCUUACAACUGUUCUUUCUACUCCUCAGAGAAAUUUUGAAAUCGCCUUCAAGAUGUUUGACUUGAAUGGAGAUGGAGAAGUAGACAUGGAGGAGUUUGAACAGGUUCAGAGCAUCAUUCGCUCCCAAACCAGUAUGGGUAUGCGUCACAGAGAUCGUCCUACUACUGGUAACACCCUCAAGUCUGGCUUGUGUUCGGCCCUCACAACUUACUUCUUUGGAGCUGAUCUUAAGGGGAAGCUGACAAUCAAAAACUUCCUUGAAUUUCAGCGUAAACUUCAGCAUGAUGUUCUGAAACUAGAGGUAGGUAUUCCUUGGACUUCAGGGGAACAGGGCACUGCCCGUCACAUAAGUUCCUGCCUUAUCUUGCUGUCUCUCUUCUUUCAGGGUCUGACGUUUCAGGAAGUGGAGAACUUCUUUACUUUCCUAAAGAAUAUUAAUGAUGUGGACACUGCAUUAAGCUUUUACCAUAUGGCCGGGGCAUCUCUUGAUAAAGUGACCAUGCAGCAGGUGGCCAGGACCGUGGCCAAAGUGGAACUCUCGGACCACGUGUGUGAUGUGGUAUUUGCGCUCUUCGACUGUGAUGGCAAUGGGGAGCUGAGCAAUAAGGAGUUUGUUUCCAUCAUGAAGCAGCGGCUGAUGAGAGGCCUCGAGAAGCCCAAAGACAUGGGUUUCACCCGCCUCAUGCAGGCCAUGUGGAAAUGUGCACAGGAAACUGCCUGGGACUUCGCUUUGCCUAAACAGUAACCCAGAACUGCAAGAGGGAACUCCUCCUCCACCCGAAGCACCCUGACCCCUCGAGCAGAGCCUUGGCACAACCCUUCCGGCUGCUGCUUCUGAAAGUAGUGCUCCCUUCCUUUUGGGAAUGAUCUCAGGAUUCACCCAGUUUCCCCUCUCCGCCCUUCCCCUGGCUCAGCAUUUCUGUGAGGCUCUGCUUCUGCCCAGUGAUCAUCCCCAUAGGUUCUCAGAAACAUGAACGAGUCCUAAGAGGUCAGACUUCUGGCACCUUCAUCAGCUCUAUGCUACUUCAAGCAACCCUAUGGAUAAAGAAUGCAGGGAACCAUCCACAUGCCUGCCCACCCCGGGAAACACCCAGUUCUCGAGUCAUUUUGGCUGUGGACUUACAUUAAGAACAUUCCUUGCUUUUCCUCCCACUGGUGUUUUUAAGCCACAAGUUGGGAAGACGUCUCAAAGGCAGAAGGAAGGCUGUGAUGAAUGGUCAUGAGGAAGAGCCGGGCAGCCUGAGCUGGCGGGAAGCCUGGGCCAGAGAACGGAUCCAUGUCGGUCCCCAGGGUGGCUCUGAGGCCUGCCCUGGGAAGGUGAUGUGCACGGCGGGGGUGGAGCAAGAUUUGGAAUUUCGAGCACCUGGUUCCCGGCUCCCUCAGAGGACUCCGCCGCGACUCGGUGCCUAAUGGGCAGCAGUGAUUGAGUCCCGCGUUCCCUGCAAGGGCCAUUUCCCUCCAGGAGUGCGUCUCUGAAGCGGAGGCCUGGCUCACAGCCUGUCUGCCCUCUGUCUUAAACACUUGUAAAAUAUCACUUUAAUUAUAACAGUUUGCAAUAAAUUCUCCCCCACCCCA